AACAUGGAAUCUAUUUGUUAAUACAAAGAAGGAAAAUAUGAAAAGUUAGAAUUACAUGUAUUUAGCUUACCGCUAUCUAACUAUCGUCUGCCUCGGAACGAAAGGUAUUUAGUUGUCGAGUUACGUAAUUCUUUAACUUGAUAAAUCAGUCUAACCUCUGCAACUCUUGAAGUCCUCUGGAGCAUCCGUAGAGCAAAGAACGUUUCCAGACAUAUGGUGCUAAAGAGUUUUUGAGGAAGCGUUACGCAGAGAGAUUUAGAUCAGUGAGUUGGACAAACAAACGCAGCGUUCAUCACGAUGAUUUCGACCCACAAGACGAUUUUUUGCACGAUUGCCUUGUCUCUUUUGGCAAACAGCAUUGCCCUCAGAAACUCCACAGAAAGCAAUAAACCGACGAGCUCCUUCAAUGAAACGACGUCAUUCCACGGAGUGGACAGUGAAGCACCUUUAGACGGAGGAUGCGAUUUUGACGUGGAUUUUUGUAAUUGGAGGAAUGAAACUGGUGGAGAUGACUUUGAUUGGACUCGGCUGGGCACAAGGACACCUAGCAGUAAUACAGGACCUAGGAAAGAUCGUUCUGGGGACGGCUCCUUUGUCUACACCGAGGCGUCAUGGCCGAGGAAAGCUGGUGAGACUGCUCGUCUCGUCGGAGGCCCAUUUUCCGGUAUAAUGUGCAUGCGAUUUUUCUACCACAUGUACGGCAGACACAUCGCAGAUCUACAAAUCUAUCUAAGGGAGGAUGGACUGGAGAAUUUCAUUUGGGGCCGAUUUAAAAACCAAGGGAAUACCUGGAGGUACAGCAACGUGACAGUGUUUGGCAGCAAUUACACAAUUAUAUUUGCUGCCAGGGUGGGCAAGUCCUAUCAGGGUGAUAUUGCUUUGGAUGAAAUAUCAUUUGUUAAUGGAACUUGUGAUGGAAAGAAACUUAAUUAUGUGCCAAGAGCCCGCAACACGACGAUGCCCUUAGACAAGAAAAGAGGAGAGACAGGGACGUGUGACUUUGAUGGUGGGUUUUGUGAAUGGAUCAAUCUUCCCCUUGGUGAUGAGUUCGACUGGACUUUAAACAGUGGAACCACACCAACGAUGAACACUGGUCCAGAGGAAGAUCACACAGGAUACGAUGGCGCAUAUAUUUUCAUUGAGGGGUCUGAUCCACAGAGACCUAGAGAUAGGGCGCUGCUAAUGGGCCCACGCAUUUGCGGAAGAAUGUGCCUUCAGUUCUUCUACAGUAUGAACGGGCAUCGCAUGGGAAAGUUGAAUGUUUACAAAAGAGAAGGUGUGCGCAGUGACGAUCUGUUAUGGACUAUGUCGGGAGAUCAGGGAACAGAUUGGCACGAGGCUUUAGUUGAUAUCGGAGGAGCUUGUUACCAGAUUAUUCUUGAAGGCAUCGUGGGUCCUUCAUAUCUUUCUGAUCUUGCCGUGGACGACAUUUUCUUCAGCAAAGGAACCUGCUGUCAGCUGAAACAAGAUUCAUUCGAUGCGGGAUUGAUUGGUAACUGCACAUUUGAUGAAGGAUUUUGUGAAUGGACAAAUGAUCCCAAUGAUGACUUUGAUUGGCAGCUGAUAGAGGGAGGAACUCCUAGCGAACAAACAGGUCCAACUGCUGGUUAUGGAGGAGAAGGUCAAUACCUCUAUGUGGAAUCAUCAGAGCCCAGGCGAGUCGGUGACAGAGCAAUCCUCUUCAGCGGUUUAUUGAAGGGUCUUCAGUGCAUGCGCUUUAGAUACUAUAUGUUUGGUCAAGAUAUGGGUUCUCUCUCUGUUUAUCGCUUUGGCGACGGAGUCAUGAAGGGUCGGCUUUGGCGUCGCUAUGGCAACCAAGGUGACAAGUGGCACGAAGCACGAAUAACUCUUCCGUGUAACGCAACGUCGUAUAUGAUUCAAAUCGAAGCGGUUAUUGGUGUGUGGAGAAGUGAUAUGGCUAUUGACAAGAUUGAGUUUACAAAAGGUGCUUGUCCUCCCUUCCAACGUACUACCACUGCUGCGACAACGACACUGAAGUCCACCACACCCACUCUUCCGGCAAAUUUACUGGUUGAAAAUAACUGUUCAUUCAGUGGACAUUUCUGUUCCUGGAUAAACGACAAUAACGAUGACUUUGAUUGGCUUAUAAACAAAGGGGAGACGAUGACUAGGAAUACUGGGCCGGCUUCCGACGCGGACGGAGAUGGUUGGUAUAUUUAUCUAGAGGCCUCUCUGCAAAGAAGUGGCGAGAAGGCCAAGCUGGUAAGUGGAUACAUGACUGGAACCCAGUGCGUGCAAUUCAAGUACCACAUGAUGGGGUCUGGGAUCGGAACUCUUAGGAUCUACCAAAUGAAACGAAAAGGCUCAACACCAAGAGUGGUUUGGUACCGAGUCGGAGACCAAGGAGAAGACUGGAAUAAUGCACGAUUUAAUUUGUUCGGGAAAUUUUAUAUGAUUUUCAUUGAGGGUGAACGAGGUCCAACGUUCGAAGGGGACAUAGCAGUGGACUCUAUAACAUUUACCCCUGGAAGAUGCGUGGUAAGAGUCAGUAAAGAAGAAAUCCAAGCGGACAGCCAUGUGGGAGAAGGAGUGUGUUCCUUUGACGCAGGUUUCUGCCUGUGGAGAAAUGAGGCAUCUCAAGACCAGUUUGACUGGUCAAUCACUGAGGGUGAAACACCCUCGGUGGGCACUGGGCCACUCACAGGAUUUGGCGGGUCAGGAAAGUACGCUUUUAUCGAGUCGUCUUCCCCUAGAAGGGCCGGCGACAAAGCCAUGUUGAAAAUAUAUGGCUCUGGAGAAGACGGCUGUUUGUUCUUUGCGUACCAUAUGUCAGGCAGAGAUAUAGACAGCUUGUCUGUUUAUAAACAAGAACUGAGAAAAGGAAUCCUACCUGCCCUGCUUUGGACCGAAAAUGGAAACCAGGGAGACGACUGGCGAAAGGUUGAAAUUGGUAUUAAAGGAGGUAGCCAAUAUAAGUUAAUUAUCGAAGCCGUAAGAGGUCGAAGCUUUCGAGGCGACAUUGCAAUCGACGAUGUUGGUUUCAAGAAGGGUUUCUGUGGAAAGCCAUUACAAGCAGUGAAAGCAGCGAAGAAAAAAUCAUAAACAGCAAGUAACAAUUAUGCAAUCCGCGUCGACGAGGAAGAACUUACUCUCGGCAACAGUCCCUUCAGCAUGACGACAGAACAAAGCAUUGCUAACUGCUUUAUAACCUGCAUUUUUUAUCUCUGAUAUUGUACUACGCUCAUGUUCUGGAUGAUUUUGCUACUAUUUUUUUUCAUAGUUUUUAUAUGUUUUUUUUUUCUGUGCGCUUGGUUUUUUUUUUCAUAUUAAUGUUGUAGUUCCGGUUAAUUUUUUCUUUUCGUUGUUGUUUCGGGGAAAGGCAAAAUUUCGCGGAAUACAACUUCAAUGCGCAAUUUUUGCAAUUACUUCAAUUCGCAACUAAAAUGUACGUUGCUGUUUCAGCUAUGAUGAUGCAAUGGUAAAUAAACUGUUUCCUCCUGCCCGCGUAAAGAUUGCAAUACACAAUGGCGACAUAGCAUUAUUUGCCUGUAUAAAGUGGUUUGAAAUGUCACUCAUAGGUGCCAUUCGAUUGGCAAAAGAUUUUGGGAAACUUUUAGGAAGUUUAUUUGAAACAAUUGUCCGGAGAGUUCCUGAGUCAAAAACUCUUAGUUAUCUAGUUUAGACUAAUUGCAUUGUUUGAUGAUUGGCUUCUGAACUAUGCAAUUACUAAUUGUAAAUAGACUAUAAAAAUCGCGAAAUUUUUGCGUUAAAUUGUGUGACGUUACUUACUGAAGCGUGACACAGACUACCGCAGACAAAUGUUUGGCUGAACAUCACUUGUUUAAAUUAAUCAAAUUUCGUCUAUCCUGAAGUUGUCAUUCCUUAGGUUAAUAUCGGAAGGAGUUUGAAUUACUUUUUCUAGAAAAUUCACGACAACUGGACAACUAAAUAUAGAAGAAACUUCCUAACCUCAAGAAAUAAUAUGAUUAUUGGAAAAGUAACCUUAAAAUAGGCUAAUCUUUACUCCCUAUGGUUCUUCAAGAAGAAAGACAAUUUUACACAACUUGCAGAAAAGAGACUUCAAAGAUGCCUCUACUGCAAAUCUUUUAAGAUGCAUUCAUAGGUUCCAAAAAUCGCUUGAUAAACAAAUAUUAAAACAAUUAAAACACUC